UAAAACGCCAUUUUUCUCACGAACAAAAUUAUUUUCAAUUUUUAUCCAUCGAUUUUUUUUUGUUGCUUAUAAUUAUUGAUUCUAUUACCAAAAUAAAGCUAAAUAGUUGCUAACAGAAAAUAGUUAUCAUCAUUAAAUAUUAAAGUGAAAUAAAGUGAAAAUGUCUACGUCUGUGUUUGAUCCAAAUCAACCAUCCACAUCACAACAGCAUUUUGAGCAAUCAUCAUCAUUAUCAUCAUCGUCAUCAACAAUGGUUAAAUUAAUGAAACCGAAAUUAAAUCUAUCCAACUAUCGGCGACAAAUUCGUAGUCGUCGUAUAGCAGCAGGUAAAUUCAAUAAAACAUCGAAUGGAAAAUUACGUAAAUGGAAAAAAUUGAAUCUACGUCGUUGUGCAAAUAAUGAUGAAGUUGAUUUACAUAAAGUGAUUUAUUCAUGUUCAUAUCAAUAUUAUUCUGAUGAUUAUUUAAUGCGUAUACAUCAAGUAUUAAGUAAUGAUCUUGAUUAUCAUAUUGGUUAUCAUAAUAUUGAACAGGAAAUUUCAUUGCCUACACAUGAACAACAUAUUAUCGAUGAAUUUGAGAUAAAUACUUUUGAAGAUGUUCAUGAUUUUGAAUUAUAUUCUAAACAGCAAUCAUUGAAUUAUAUCGAGCAUAUGAUUGAAAAACGACAACAUGAAAAGAUUCAGGAUCAAUUGGCUCAAGUUAGCUAUGAAGAACCUAAUCCUGAUAUUUUGCAUGCUAGUUUUAUUGAUCCGUCACGUGUGGAAAUGAUAUCCAAAAGAAAAGGUCGUCGUGGCGGAAAUGAUCAACCAGAAUCGAUAGCAAGAAAAAAUCGAUUAAAUCGAAGCAGUACCGGUGAUAAUGAUUCAGGUGAUACAUCAUUUUAUUCGGAAAUAUUCACUCGUACCUCUAGCCGUGGACGAAUUAUAAAACCGAAAAAUCAAGAUCAAUGGCUAUUGGAUAUGGAAGAAUUAGAUGCAUUGGAUGAAAUUAUGGAUGCUUUCAAUGAAAACAAUCAACGUUUCGAUAAGGUUAAAUCAGCUAGUGAGGAGAAUGAAAAUUUACUACAAUCGAUAGAAGACCAACAACCGACAAAAAAAUCACCGUCAUUACCUUCUAGCUCUCAAAUAUUAUCUCGGCCACAAGUAUCAGAUAAUCAGCGAUCUACACCAUUAGCUGUUAGAAAUCAUUCAACAUCAAGUAGCAGUUAUUCACUAUUAUCACGUCCGAAUAAUCGUUCACUUUUAGCACAGCCAUCAACCAGUCCAGCAUGUCAUGCAAAAUCAUUGCCAUUAAAAACACAUAAUAUACCAUAUAGUUUACCAAUGAAAAUGAAUGGCGAUAAAAAAUCGAUUGUUUUACAACAUUCGACAAAUAAAAAAUUCGAAUCAUCUAUUCCUUCACCGGAGGAUUCGAAAUUUACACCAAUCGUACAAUUAGAAGAAAUUGAUGCAAAAGAUUCUGAUGAUCGAUCUAAUGAUGAAAAUCGGCCAGAUAAUGCAAACAAUACGGAUACCAACAAUAAUAAUAAGUUGGAAUUUCCAUCGGAUAAACUGAAUAAUUUGCAGCCAGCAAAAGUAUUUUCUCGUUUAACACCAUUGGGAUGGAAAUCAUUUCUCAUCUGUCAAAAUGAUCCAACAUUGUAUGAAUUUAAUUAUGUAAAUCUAGGCCAUGAUCGAACCGUUUUCAUCGAUAAAAUUCGAAAAAUUGGCGAAAACAAUGAAUCGGAAAAGUCGAAAAAUCAAAAAUGUAAAAAAAUGUCAUUUUCAUUUUCGGAGGUUCCAUUUUUGCAUCGUUUACAACAAUCUGAUAAUGAAUUUCGUUUGUAUUUAAGUUCUACACCAAUGUUGUUGAACAUGUUGAAUCGAGAUAAUGAAGAAAAAACUCGACAAUUUCAUGAGAAAGCUGAAAAAUAUAUCAAUAUUUUAGGCCGAUUCUAUGAAAAACAUUGUGAAAGACGAAUGAAAAAUGAUGCUGAAAGAAAUAGAAAUCGACGAACAAUAUUACGUCGAUGUAUAAUGAACGAUGUACAAGAACAAUAUUCCUUUUAUUCAGAUAAACCAUUUGAUGAAGUUUGGAAUACAUAUCCACGAUUGGAAGUACAGAAUAAAUUGCAACCGAUUCAUACGGCAAAUAAAUCGAUUCCCAUCACGCCAAAAUCAGCAUUUCCUAAACCAAUAACAGUAACAUCAUCAUCAUUACCAAAUCCGAUUUCAGUUAAUACAACAAUAUCGAAACCUAUCACAGUAACACCAUCGAUGACGGCAAAACUCAAUUCCAAUGGUCGAAUACAAUGGUAUCGUAAGGAAAUACCACCAAUAAAAUUGACAACACAUCCAAAUAGAUCAUCAGCUGGGACAGGAGCAGCAGCUGCAGCGAUUUCUGCUCAAGUUCAAAAGAAUGGAAACAAUAUGAAUCGUCCAGUUGUAUGUAAAAUUCCUAAUAAUGUUGGUUUCAAAUUACAUCAGGCUUCUGUUGAUUUGAAUAAGAAAACUAUUCAGAUAGUACCAUCGAAUAUUUUUACAACAACGACAACAACAGUAACGAGUACACAGUCAACAACAUCGAAUGCGAAACCAAUAUCAGCCACUUCGAAACCAAUAAUAUUUCGAGUUCAACCAUCGGCAUCAUCGGUUAUUAAUCAAAUUGUACAACAAAAACGAUUAGCCGAAGAUCAGCAACAACAACAACAACAGCAGCAGCCACCAUUAAAAAAGAUCAAGACUGAAAUCGAUGAUGAUGAUGAAAUUACAAUUGUACAUGAACAUAUUCCAAAAAAACCGAUUAAAUUGAUUCAGACACAUAUUGGACCGGAAACAUUUACCGGUAAUACAACAACUGCUAUACCAUUAUCAUAUAUAUCAAGUCAAUUAUUAUCACAAUUGGAUGUAGCACGUACACAGAUUAUAACAAUAAUGUUGGAUGGUGAACCAGAUGCUACAAAAGAUGAAAAAAUAAAUGAAUUAUUAACACAAUAUCUAUCAUCAUUUCGUGGUUUUAUCUAUUUACCAAGUGAAACGACAACAAUUAAUGAUCAGGCAUUGAUUAAAUCCAAUGAUCCAAAUAAUCCGAUUCAAUGUCGUUCACCAUUACGACGAUUAUUUCGUUUUAAAUGGGAAGAUUCUUGUGCCGAAUUGAAAACAUCGGCAAAUGAUUGUCUUUUUGAAUUGACAUCAUUAUUAACAAAUUAUGGUAUAUGGUUAAUGCAUUGGUGUCGUCAUGUAUCGUUAACAUUACCAAUGAAUUAUCUACCACAACAUAUUGUUAUUAUACAAAAAAUUUUACGUCGUGCUGCUGGCCUCUUUAGAUGUGUUGGACAAUAUUAUCUACCACAUCUUCCUGAACUACUUCGUACAAGAUUUGAUGGUGAUCCAAACAUAAUCGAUGCAUAUUAUUUUCAAUCACUUGCUGAAUCAUGGGAAAUUUGGUUCAUCAAAUGUUUGAUGGAUAUGUUAGAAAAUCCCGAUAAUUCCGAAAUAAACGUUCAUGGUGGUCCAAUUGAACCGAAAUCCAUUUCACAAUUAGCAUUGAUUAUUUCACAUAAUUUUCAUCAAGCUUCUGAACGAUUAAAAGCAGCUAUGGCUGAAUUAAUGAAAAAUAAUUCGAAUGAAAAUGUUGUCUAUUCACAAUGGUUAACAUAUUUAGAAAUGAAAUUCUAUUAUUAUCAAUCAUGGUAUAUGAUUGCACAGGCAUAUGAUCGAUGGUUAAAAAUGAAUAAUAUUAAUGAUGAUCAUUUACAAGUGGCACGUGAAAUUAUCGAAGCAGAUCGUUAUCGUAAAAUGGCUAAAGAAUGUUGUCGAAAAUAUAAUUCUAAUCGCCGUAAACAAUAUGAAGAUCGUAUUAAUAAAAAUAGUUUUUUGACUGAAUUACGAUCAUAUAUACAGAUGCUAAAAGAACAGCUUCGUACAAUGAAACGACCAUCGAUUGAUUUCGAACAAUUACCAACGGAUUAUCAGAAAGAUAUGGAUGCAAUUAUUUAUCAAUUACCAUCAUUCGAUGAAAUUUGGAAUGUUAGUUUAUAUGGGGAAUUUGGUGUACAUUUGAAUAAAGAAGAUGCAAAUGCAUUACAGACACAAUUAAAUCAUAUUAAAGAAGAACGACGAAAAAAAAAACCAACAAAAUUACAGGCGUUAACUAAAUGGUUGACAAAUAAAUCCAAAGAAUUCAUAUCUACGACAACAAAAGGAGAAACACAACAAGAAAAGCAGCAGCAGCAACAACAACAACAACAACGUAAUAUAAAAGUAUCACAAAUUGAUUUAAAAUCUCCGAUCCCAUAUCGUGGUAGUGGGGUCGGUAAAUCCACAUCACCAACAACAUCGAGACAAAAUAUCACACCAUUAGCAGUUCCAAUUGAUGGUGGCAGCUUGGUGAAUGAAAAAGUAAUUGAUGAUAGUAAAUCAGAAACUACGAAAACAAGUCGUAGGAAAAAAACUCCAGCGCCUAAACCACCAAUUCUUAACAGUAAACCCAAACCAUCACCACCACCACCACCGCCACCUCCUCUUCCAGGUAGAACUAUAACAAUUCCACCACCACCACCUCCUCCUCCGCCAUCGAUGUCUCCAAAAAUCGAUAGAAAAAUUGAAGGAAAAACUCCGAAAGCAACAAUGACGACACUACCGCUAUCAAGUAAUCAAUUUCAACAGGAAUUACGAGCACGUAUUGAACAACGUGAAAAACGUCAAAUAGCCGGUGGUGGAAAUGUAUCACCAUCAAGACCAAAACAGCAGCCAACACCAACAUCACCAAAAUUUAAACGACCACAAUCACCAGUAGCCGUGGAUAUAGUGGCUGCAUUGAAACAACGUAUCGGUGAAAUACGACAAUCAACGUCGAGUAAAAGUACGGAAGAUCCACCGACUAAAAGUAGUAGUGAAUCCGAUGCUAAAUGGUUAAAAUCUAAUAAAUAAAUUUUAAAUUUUGUUUUGAUUUGUUGACAAAAAUUUAAAUUAAAAAUUGAUACAAUAAACUUCCCGCUUUAUUGGAUGAAAAUACGUUCCAAAUCCACCCUAU